CAUCGGCUUUUAGAUAACGCAAAUGACAAAACUCAAAAUAGUCAAACUGUUUCCACUUCCACUCCUCCAUCCACUCUCACACUCCACCAGGACCGCCACUCUCUCCCUCCUCCUCCGCCGUCGCCACAUGGCCACCGUCGCGUCAUCCGAUUCCCCCAUAAGUCCGUCAAACACCCGGGUCGGGUGGAUCGGGACCGGCGUUAUGGGCCGGUCCAUGUGCACCCACCUCCUCAAGGCCGGCUACGCCCUCACCGUCUUCAACCGCACCCUCUCCAAGGCCCAGCCUCUAGUCGACCUCGGGGCCCACCUGGCCGACUCCCCAAGCGCCGUCGCCUCCAAAUCCGACGUCGUCUUUUCCAUCGUCGGCUACCCCUCCGACGUCCGCUCCGUCCUCCUCGACCCCACCACCGGCGCACUCUCCGGACUCCGCCCCGGAGGCAUCCUUGUCGACAUGACCACCUCCGAACCCUCCCUCGCCGUCGACAUCUCCUCCGCCGCUGAGUCCAAAUCCUGCUCAGCUGUCGAUGCCCCCGUCACCGGCGGCGACGUUGGCGCCAAGAACGGAACUCUCGCGAUCCUCGCCGGCGGCGACGAAAACACCGUCCGCAAGCUAACCCCUCUGUUCUCCCUCAUGGGCAAAGUGAAUUAUAUGGGCGGCGCCGGAAAGGGACAGUUCGCGAAGCUGGCGAACCAGACGAUCAUCGCUUCCACGAUGGUGGGUCUGGUGGAGGGUAUGAUCUUCGCCCACAAGUCCGGCCUCGACGUGGGUCUUUUCCUAGAUGCGAUCAAAGUGGGCGCCGCAGGGUCGAAGUUGCUGGAUUUGCACGGCGGCCGGAUUCUGAAGAGGGAUUUGGAGCCGGGAUUCUAUGUGAACCACUUCGUGAAAGAUUUGGGGAUUUGCUUGAAGGAGUGCCAGAAGAUGGGACUUGCUCUUCCCGGAUUAGCCCUAGCUCAGCAGCUUUAUCUGUCGCUGAAGGCUCACGGCGAGGGCAAUUUGGGAACUCAGGCGCUUAUUGUGGCGGUGGAGCGGCUGAAUAAUGUGUCACUUGAAUAUGCUCCUGCAAAAUAAUGACUCUGCAAGUGCAGUUUGAAUCAUUUCUUAUGAUGGUGAGAUAACAGGUUCAGUCGUAUGAGCUCAGUGCAAGCCUGACACGAGAUCUCUGUUUGAAAUAUCAGGGAGGGCACACACGG